UCCUUGUCCAUUCCAUCCUUUCUUCAGAGUGCAACGUUUGCAAUAUUCUUAUAGAGGUUGAGGAAAUAGCAUUUCAAUAAUGGCAUAUCCUGGCUAUGGCGCACCUGGUGGUUAUCCUGGAGGAGGUUAUCCUGGACAACCUAUGACUGGUGGAUAUCCUGGAGGUUACCCUGGACAAUUCCCUGGUGGCGCAGACCCACUCUGGGGCUAUUUCUCAGCAGUUGCUGGUGCUGAUCAACAGAUUGAUGCUUUGGAACUGCAAAGAUGUUUAACUCAGUCUGGAAUCGCUGGAACCUAUCAAAUGUUCAGCUUGGAAACAUGCAGGAUUAUGAUAAGUAUGCUGGAUAGAGAUUACAGUGGUAAAAUGGGAUUCAACGAGUUCAAAGAGCUGUGGACUUGCCUCAAUCAGUGGAGGGGCACAUUCUAUCAGUAUGAUUCUGAUCGGUCAGGAACGGUGGAACCUCAUGAGCUACACCGAGCUAUACAGAGCUGGGGCUACAAUCUGUCUCCUCAAGCCUUGAACAUAACAGUCAAGCGUUAUUCAACAGAUUCAAGAAUCUCAUUUGACAAUUUCAUUGCCAUUGCUGUUCGUUUAAGGUUAAUGACAGAUCAUUUCAGAAGACGUGAUGCAACCCAAACAGGACACGCCCAGUUCACAUAUGAUGAUUUCAUUCAAGUAUCAAUGUACUGUUGAGUCAGCUGCAGGCCGCUGAUUGGUUGGUACUAGCUGAAAGCAUUUAUUUCUUAUUUGUCAUAUUUUCGGUGGAGAUAGAAGACACCGGACUCCUCUUGACUGAUUAUGUGAUUUUGAAUGAUAAAUAGGGUGGCUUCGGUAACGAGAAAAUGUACAAGCAUGUAUGCAAAGCUAAAACCUUGUAUGUUCAGAAACAGUCUGUGUACUUUAUCUUGAUUUAUACCUCUUUAAGACUGAAUAACUAAUAUUAUCAGGAAUAUGAUAUUUGUUCA